AAACAACCGCAACGAUGCACUUCUUGUCGUCACUUGCGCCUCUGCUUCUGCUCUUCAGCGGGAGCCUCGCAAAGAAGGCGCCGGCGGACAAUUAUGAGGACUUCUACCGGCUGUCUCAGCGUUCAACGCCGUUGAAGCUGAAUGAUGCCACAUACACCUCUUUGACGGCUGCCCCGAGAAAUCAUAGCGUGGCCGUUCUUCUCACGGCCCUGGAAACCAGAUUCGGUUGCCAGCUUUGUCAGGAGUUCCAGCCCGAAUGGGACCUUCUCGGACGCAGCUGGAUUCGUGGUGACAAGGCCGGCGAAUCUCGAUUGCUCUUUGGCACCUUGGAUUUCGCCGACGGCCGGGACGUCUUCAUUUCGCUUGGCCUGCAAACAGCCCCGGUGCUCCUCCUCUUCCAACCAACAGUAGGACCUCAUGCCGUUGGCUCUCCAGAGCCCGUUCGAUACGACUUCACGACAGGGCCUCCAUCUGCUGAACAGGUCCAUACCUGGCUGUCCCGGCAACUACCCAACAGGCCGCAUCCCCCGGUGAAGCGGCCGAUCAACUGGUUCCGAUGGGCUUCUACUAUCACGAUCAUCCUCGGCGUCGGCACGGCGGUGGUCAGCGCCUCUUCGUAUGUACUGCCCAUCAUCCAGAACCGCAACAUUUGGGCCUCGAUCAGCUUGAUAUCGAUCCUUCUCUUCACCAGUGGACACAUGUUCAACCAUAUCCGGAAGGUGCCGUACAUUGUCGGGGAUGGCAAGGGUGGCGUCAGCUACAUUGCAGGAGGGUUCCAAAGCCAGCUCGGAUUGGAAACGCAGAUUGUGGCCGCCAUCUAUGGUGUGCUCUCAUUCUGCGCUAUCACGUUGGCCGUCAAGGUCCCGCGCAUGGCCGACUCCAAGACCCAGCAAGUCGCAGUGAUCAUUUGGAGUUUGAUCUUGUUCCUGGUAUACAGCUUCCUCUUGAGCGUCUUCCGCGUCAAGAAUGGCGGUUAUCCAUUCUCUUUGCCUCCUUUCAUGUAGUAAAUGAAUGAAGGAGCUGGAAGAAAUCGAAAUCAAGAUGCGAUACCUCGCGCAUGAUUUCAGCAGCAGAGAACUGGUAU